AUGUUUAGAUAUACGUUGAUGAUCUUGCUGCACUGUGCUGCUUGCAUUUUGCCCACUGCUUAUGGCUUUUGCGUCUAUAAUUUCUCCAAGGAUACGUCGUUUUACAUGCGUCAAGAAACACCAAACACGGGAGGAACUUACUGGUCGCGAUUCAAGGUAGAAAGUCUAGGACCAGACGGUAAAGCAUGCUGUCCGUAUACCUCGUUUGAUUGCGACCGAAACAGCAACCCAGAUGAUAUUGUCUUUAUAGCUUUCAGGGCAAAUCGUGCGGGUGCCGAGGUGGGCUACACUUUCUCAAUCAACUUGCCAGCAGGUGGCUGGAUAGAAUUUUAUAGUGGUGGACCAGAAGACCCAGAAUUCAGUGUAUUCAAGCCUAACGGAGAGCCCUUCCAAUACGAAUAUCAAAAAUACGUAAAGAAUACAAUGCUAAACUAG